UCCCGCUAAAAGUAUUCAACAAAACAUUUCAAUUCCCCAAAAUAUUUUUUGAUGAUUUUUUAUAUGUAUUUUUUUAACCGUGAUUAGAUUAUAAAUACUAACGAUAAAAAAAUAAAUAUUAGAUAUCUAACUUUAAGCGUCAUAUAAAAUAGAGAAAAAAAGUCACGUGGUUGGUUACCAAAAUUGCUCAUUCAGUUUCAAGAGCCAAAUUAUGGUGAUUGGCAAGUAAUGUAAAACGUUUAUGCAAACAUGGAAGACGAGAACACUUCACCAAAAGAAAGCACGAGCAAAACUAACAAUGAUGGGGACACUAAGGCAUUAGAGGAGGCUGAAACUCAAGCAUUGGUCGAAUCCAAAAAGGAGAAAGAAAAAAGCUGCUGUUCAUUUCGAAGGUGUUUUGCUGCAAUCUGCUGUUGUUGUAUGACGAAGAAAGGAAAGAAAGUCGAAAACAUUGGAACAGCGGAUAACAAAACAUCUCUUACUUCUCAAGAAGUAAACGAAUUUAUUGAAGAGGAAAUGAAAAAGCUGUCAGAAGAAACAAUCAACCUAGAAAGUUAACAGCCAUUUGGGAUUUUUAUUUUUAAAAAUUAAAUUCUUAAAACAAA